UGACUCUGUGCAGAAAGAAAGUAACAGUGCUGCGGAUGAAUGGGGCCAGGUGAAUGGGAGCUGGGCUGAUGAAUCAGUAGCUGCAGGAGAGCCGGGAGCUGUGUGGGGAGGACACAGCUCAGCACACUCAUGAACAGCAAUUGAACUUGGAUUGGCAGUGCCGGGAGAUUCCUCAUGCCUCCGUCUCCUCUAGACGACACGGUUAUUGUGGCACUACCUCGACCCGUCAGACCUCAGGAGCUUAAACUCUGCAUAGACUCUUGCCACCUCGAUUCCGCCUCAGCGAGUGGCAGUUGUAAGUCUCUCCACAGCACAAGUGUAGUGUCGCUCACCACGACUCAUCUGACGUAUAUGCCCUCUUCCAACAGCUCUGCUCGCUCUCUGGGUUGCGGAUGUAGUAGCGGAAGUUGUUGCAGUGUGGCCGCUUAUGAGAAGGACAGUCAGUUCCAGGCCAUCAGCAGCAGCACCACCAUAACCAGCAGUGUUGCCGGACCCUCCACCUCUUGCCCGCCCAACCAAAUGGUCAACAACAAUGAGAACAGUGGCACGUUGAGUCCGUCUGGUGGAGUUGGCAGCCCGGUGUCCAGCACCACCAAACAGUUUGCCAACAUAAAGAUCAUCUAUCCUAAUGAUUUGGCCAAGAAGAUCGCAAAAUGCAGCAAGACCCACCUCCCGAACCAAGGCCCGGUGAUAAUUGACUGCAGGCCCUUCAUGGAGUACAACAAAAGCCAUAUACAGGGGGCGGUGCAUAUUAAUUGCUCUGAUAAGAUCAGCAGGAGGAGGCUACAGCAGGGAAAAAUAACGGUGCUGGAUUUAAUAUCAUGCAGGGAAGGCAAAGACUCCUUCAAGAGGAUCUUUUCCAAAGAGAUAAUCGUUUACGAUGACAAUACCAAUGAACCAAGCCGGGUGAUACCCUCCCAGCCGCUCCAUACGGUUUUGGAGUCACUGAGAAGGGAAGGGAAGGAGCCUUUGGUGCUGAAAGGUGGGCUCAGCAGCUUCAAACAGAACCACGAGAACCUGUGUGACAAUUCCCUCCAGCUGCAAGACUGCCCGGACGGAGGCGGGGCCUCAGCAGUGACAAUUACACUACCUCAGUCCGUCCCCAGCACUCCGGACAUUGAGAAUGCAGAACUGACCCCCAUCCUACCUUUCCUUUUCCUGGGAAACGAGCAUGACGCCCAGGACGUGGAAAAAAUGCAAAGAAUGAACAUAGGAUAUAUCGUCAACGUAACUACCCACCUCCCUCUCUUCCACUACGAGAAGGGGAUCUUUAACUACAAACGUCUACCAGCAACAGACAGCAACAAGCAAAAUCUCAGGCAGUACUUCGAAGAGGCGUUUGAGUUUAUAGAGGAAGCCCACCAAUGUGGAAAAGGCCUUCUCAUCCAUUGCCAAGCAGGUGUCUCACGCUCUGCCACCAUUGUCAUUGCCUACCUAAUGAAGCACACGCGGAUGACUAUGACCGAUGCCUACAAAUUUGUUAAAGGAAAGCGACCAAUUAUAUCUCCAAAUUUAAACUUCAUGGGCCAGUUACUGGAGUUUGAGGAAGACUUAAAUAAUGGGGUAACGCCACGGAUUCUUACACCAAAGUUAAUUGGGGUGGAGACUGUGGUCUAGCAAAAACAUUUAUGAAUUUUUGAAGAAAGAAAAAAAAAAACUAUUCUGCAAAAACGUCGAUCGACUGGAUGAGAAUAUAUUUGAGAGUGAAAGGGUAAACAAAUUUCUAUUAUUAUGGAUGUCUCUGUAGACACCUCACUUGGUAAAAAAAUAAAAGUGUCCAAGGCUAAACAAUUUUGGAAAGGACAGAAAAUCAUGAUCACCAGUGGUCUGUGCAGGAUCAUAGACUGAAGAAAGUAGUGCUGUCAAGCAUCUAUCUACUGUAUAAACAUUCAAACGUGGGUCGGGCCGUAGCUCCGGAGACAGUAACUACAAGAAGCAAAAAAAAUAAAUAAAAAUCUGCCAUAAUCAAAAUAUAUUUAAAUGGUGAAAAAAAAAAAUCUAUUAAUUCUGGGUGUGUUAUGUUAUAUUUUUAUAUUUGGGCUGAUACCGUUUUAUCAACAAGGAACUUGACCAUUACUUGCCCUCAGUGGCUUAUUGUGCAAUAAUUUUUGUUUUGAGUGUGAGAAUUGUUAAAGCUGACUGAAUGUUCUGUGGUGUGCUCCUCACAGGUAUGCAGCGGAGAUAGCUAUACUGUGGGUUGGAUCAAUACUCCGUUCAGCAGGACCACUGCGCGUUUCACAGUUCAUGGAUGCCACUGGUGUCUUGUGAAUUGAUAGGCUGAAUCCAGCACACAAAAUAGACGCCUUUACUGCGUGUGUGUGUGUGUGUGUGUGUGUGUGUGUGAGGCAGGAACACUUACAGUAAGUGGUGAAAUGCGCCAGCACUAAGAUAAACAAAAGCAAUUAUUAUAUAUUUUUUGUUUUGUUUUUUGUUUUGUUUUCAUUUGAAUCUGGUUUACGGUGCCAUAAACCUUGUUAAAUAUGUAUAUCAGAAUGUAAAAAAAAAUAAUUAAUAAUAAGAGGUUUUAUUUUACCUAUUUUUUGCACAAAAAUAUAGGCGUGUUCCUGUUGUAUGUGAAAUUUGUCAUUUUGAAUAUAAAACUUGCAAAAAUGUAUUUGGA